UGCAGAAACACAGCGGUCACGGCCAUAUCCUGCCACACCGGAAGUCAGGACUUCCUUCUCCUCGUGCCGUCGGAGGACCGAAACGUGUCCGACAAGAUGGCACUUUAUAACUUUAAGAAGAUUAUGGUGGUCCCCACCUCUAAGGAGUUCAUCGACGUCACUUUAUCCAAAACGCAGCGGAAGACGCCCACGGUGAUCCACAAGCACUACCAGAUCCACCGCAUCCGACACUUCUACAUGCGGAAGGUGAAGUUCACGCAGCAGAACUACCACGACCGGCUGACGCAGAUCCUCACCGACUUCCCCAAACUGGACGACAUCCAUCCCUUCUACGCCGACCUGAUGAACGUGCUGUACGACAAAGAUCAUUACAAGCUGGCCCUGGGACAGAUCAACAUCGCCAAGAAUCUCAUCGAUAAUGUCGCCAAAGACUACGUGCGCCUGAUGAAGUACGGAGACUCCAUGUACCGCUGCAAGCAGCUGAAGAGAGCCGCUCUGGGCCGGAUGUGCACCAUCCUGAAGAGGCAGAAGUCCAGCCUGGAGUACCUGGAGCAAGUGCGACAGCAUCUGUCCCGUCUGCCCAGCAUCGACCCCAACACCCGGACCCUGCUGCUGUGUGGUUACCCCAACGUGGGCAAAUCCAGCUUCAUCAACAAGGUCACCAGAGCGGAUGUGGACGUCCAGCCGUACGCCUUCACCACCAAGUCUCUGUUCGUGGGUCACAUGGACUACCGGUACCUCCGCUGGCAGGUGGUGGACACCCCCGGGAUCCUGGACCACCCCCUGGAGGACAGGAACACCAUCGAGAUGCAGGCCAUCACGGCGCUGGCCCACCUGCGAGCCGCCGUCCUGUACGUCAUGGACCCGUCGGAGCAGUGCGGCCACACGCUGCAGCAGCAGCUGGAGCUCUUCAACAACAUCCGCCCGCUCUUCGCCAACAAGCCUCUCAUCGUCGUGGCGAACAAAUGUGACGUGAAGAAGAUCAGCGAGCUGACGGAGGAGAACCAGAAAAUCUUCACCGACCUGCGAGCCCAGGGAGUGGUCGUCAUAGAAACCAGCACCCUGACCGAGGAGGGCGUGAUGCAGGUGAAGACUGAGGCCUGCGACCAGCUCCUGGCUCACCGUGUCAGCACCAAGAUGAAGGGGAAGAAGGUCCAGGACGUCCUGAACCGGCUGCACCUCGCCGUGCCCGCCAAGAGAGACGAGAAGGAGAGACCUCCGUUCAUCCCAGAAGGAGCUUUGUUACGCAGGAGAGCGAUGGAGGUGGACGCACCCAAACGUAAACUGGAGAGAGAUCUGGAGGUGGAGCUGGGAGACGACUACGUCCUGGACCUGCAGAAAUACUGGGACCUGAUGAACGAGGACGAGAAGCACGAUAAGAUCCCCGAGGUGUGGGAGGGACACAACAUCAGCGAUUACAUCGACCCCGACAUCAUGAAGAAACUGGAGGCUCUGGAGAAGGAGGAGGAGCUGAAGGAGCGAGCGGGCGAGUACGACUCCGACGAGGAGAGCGAGGACGAGGAGAUGCAGGAGAUCCGGGUCCUGGCCAAACAGAUCCGGGAGAAGAAGCAGCUCAUGGUCGUGGAGUCCCGGGAGAAGGACGUGCACGGGCCGCGCAUGCCCCGGACGGCCGGCAAGGUGGAGAGGAAGCAGCUGGAGAAGGAGAUGGGGAACCUGGGUCUGGACAUGGAGGACAAAGACGAUACUCACUACGCUCAGCAGGCUCGUCGUUCCCGCAGCGUCGCCAAGAAGCGUAAGCGCGAGGCGUCGGCUCCGCCCACCUCCAAAACCCGCAGCCAGAGCGCCUCCCGUCCGCCGCGGGAUCAGUCCGGCCUGCGAGACCCGAAGAUGGUGAGGAAGACCAAGCUGAUGAUGAAGAGCUCGCAGAAAGGGAUGAACCGCCAGGCCAGGAAGGGCGAGUCCGACCGCCACGUCUUCGACCUCAAACCCAAACACCUGCUGGCCGGGAAGAGGAAGGGCGGCAAGACGGACCGGAGAUGAGGCGGCGCCGAUGCACCGCAGCCUGAAACAUGACGGCCACCAGCUCGCCGUUCUGACGUCAAGUCUCCAGCAGAACCGCCGCUUUUACAGUCUGAUGUCUGGCUAUUGCAGUAAAAUCCUGUUUUAUCUGAUUGAAAUGUUCCUGUGCUGUCAGACUGAACUGUCCCACCAGGGAGAGAAACAGGAAGUGAGUCCAUUAAACACACCUGAAUCAGCUGUGGGUCACGUGUUUCCCUCCAGUCGCAGCAGUUAGCCAGACACAGAUCAUUCACAGCUCAGGUUGAACGAAAAGAAUCAGUUAAUCCCACCUUUUUUCGUCAUCAAGAACUGGGUCGGGUUCGGGGGUCUUCUUCAGAAGAACAAGGAACCGACUGGCUGCUUUUCUCCCCCCUGCUGUGGUCCACAUAUUGGCAGAUAUUUAAGUGAACGUGCAGACUUCAGCAGUGUAAAAAGUCACGUUUUGACAGAAAAAUAAACUGAACCUAUUCAAGAUGUCCUGAGCAACAUUUUACUUCACUUUGGAAUUAAUUUACAUUUUGACAUUGAGUAGCAUGUAGUGAUUAUUAUGAUUUGUGCUGCAAUAUCUG